CCGGGGAGGCGGCGGGGCGGAGGAUGGAGUAGCGGGGCGAGGCGCCGAGGGAGCAGAUAGCGCGGGGAGCGCCGCCUCCGCCCGGCUGAAGCUUUUGCGGGCGGAGGAGAGAGAGGAAGGGAUCAUGCGAGGGGGGCUAGCGCAAUAGAGGCAGGAGCGGAUGGUCGCCCGGAGGCUCCGCACCUAGGGAGCGUGACGUCCUGCUGCUGUGCCGCCGCUACCUACGCUGCCCGAGCUCGUCAAUGGAGCUGGAAAACAUCGUUGCCAACACCGUUUUGCUGAAAGCCAGGGAAGGGGGUGGAGGGAAACGCAAAGGCAAAAGCAAAAAGUGGAAGGAAAUCUUGAAAUUCCCUCACAUUAGCCAGUGUGAAGAUCUCCGAAAAACAAUAGAGAGAGAUUACUGCAGCAUAUGUGAAAAGCAGCCGAUUGGAAGGCUUCUCUUUCGGCAGUUCUGUGAAACCCGCCCGGAGCUCGAGUGUUGCAUUAGAUUCCUCGACUCGGUGGCAGAGUAUGAAAUUGCUCCAGAUGAAAAGCUGGGAGAGAAGGGAAAGGAAAUCAUGAUGAAAUACCUCACCCCAGAGUCUCCAGCCUACGUUCCAGAAGUCAGUCAAGAUCUUAUCCAACAGACAGAGGAAAAACUCGAAAACAGUCCCUGCAAAGAGCUAUUCUCUCACUGCACAAAAUCUGUCCUUGACCACCUCAGUGGGGAACCAUUCCAAGAAUACCUGAACAGCAUGUACUUUGACAGGUUUCUCCAGUGGAAGUGGUUGGAAAGGCAACCAGUAACGAAAAACACGUUUAGGCAGUACAGGGUGCUAGGGAAAGGCGGCUUUGGGGAGGUCUGCGCUUGCCAGGUUCGAGCAACAGGGAAGAUGUACGCCUGCAAAAGAUUAGAGAAGAAAAGAAUAAAAAAGAGGAAAGGCGAAUCCAUGGCACUAAAUGAAAAGCAGAUUUUAGAAAAAGUCAAUAGUCAGUUUGUAGUCAAUUUAGCCUAUGCCUAUGAAACAAAGGAUGCACUAUGUUUAGUUCUGACCAUAAUGAAUGGAGGUGAUCUCAAGUUUCAUAUCUACAACAUGGGAAACCCAGGUUUUGAGGAGGAAAGAGCUUUGUUUUAUGCUGCAGAGAUUCUUUGUGGUUUAGAAGAUCUUCACAGAGAAAACACAGUAUACAGAGAUUUGAAGCCAGAAAAUAUCCUGCUAGAUGAUUAUGGCCAUAUUAGAAUAUCGGAUUUGGGUCUAGCUGUUAAAAUCCCUGAGGGUGAAUCGAUCCGUGGAAGGGUAGGAACAGUAGGGUAUAUGGCCCCGGAAGUGUUGAACAACCAGAGAUACACACUCAGCCCUGACUACUGGGGACUGGGCUGUCUCAUUUAUGAGAUGAUUGCUGGGCAAUCACCAUUUCGUGGAAGGAAAGAGAAGGUGAAGAGAGAAGAAGUGGACAGAAGAGUUCUGGAGACUGAGGAGGUGUACUCCCAUAAGUUUUCUGAGGAGGCCAAGUCCAUCUGUAAAAUGCUCCUCACCAAAGAUGUGAAGCAGCGGCUGGGCUGUCAAGGUGAAGGUGCAACAGAAGUGAAGAGGCACCCUUUUUUUAAAAGCAUGAAUUUCAAGCGGUUAGAAGCAGGAAUGCUGGAUCCUCCCUUUGUCCCUGAUUCUUCUAUGUCUCCACAAAAAUGCUGUGGAUUGCAGUCUUCAGAAAGGCAGAGGGAUGCAGCCUCCAGCAGAUAGGACUUUCAUCAGGAGUUAGUUUGAUUUAUUGGUCACAGUGCUCAGCUCCAGAUAAAAUACUGCAUUCAGCCCACUGGUCUUGCAGUCACUGUACCCUGUGUUGACAGUACAAUUCAACCUGUUCUUGAUUUUGGUGGUUGGGCUAGUCCCUCAAACCAGCCCUCAGUGAUUCCUGUGCACCAAAAUGUAGCUCUGUGUUGCUAAUGGAAGCUCUCUAAGCACACAAGUGACCACUCUAUAUCAGGUAGCUAGUGAUGACUUUUUCUGUUUUCUAUGGCUGACUGAUGGAAUAUUAGCUAAAAGAGCAUCACUGCAAAUUUUCCUGCCUGUAAUCCCAGAAAAUUAAGUAGUUUUAAAAGGUGAAGCCAUUUGACUAUUUAUUUGAAGAAAUGCAGCCAAGUUAAAAGAGUUAAUAGAGGUGAUUCUGGACAGCUUCCAGCAGCUGAGCUAUUAAUAAAAACAAUGGAAAAAUGCCAAACCUCUUCUGUUUUCUUUAGCAGUUGGAAUACAUUCCUUUAAAUUUUUAAACUGCAAAACCUGCAGCUAUCUGAGCAGAACACUUCUAUUUGAGGUCCAUUUUCAGAGCUGUCUCCAGUAUGUCACUCAAUAUUCUGUUCUUCCAUCUCUAAAAAAUGUACUGAAGGAUUUGAUUUUUAUUUUCUUGCACUUUCUGUCCUUUUUCUCUCACCUCUUUGCCAUAUGCUAUAUGGAUGACUAAAACCCACUUUGGCUGCACUGAUGCUUUAAAGACUUCAAAGUGGGACUCUUAACGUGCUUAAAGCAAAACCAGCCUUUGAUGAUAAACAUGCAGGCAGAGCAAGUCUAGAGAAGCAGGAUGCAAAUAGUCACUUGUUGUGAGUCGUUCUCACUUGUCUGAAACUGGAAAAAAGCACAUGGUCAGACUGGGAAUUAUUCUUUCUCUUGCUGUUU